CUCCGUGGCGUGAAAUUAAAAAGUUGUACCUACAAUCUGAUUUUUUUUUAAAGGACGAUUAUCCCUCUUAUUCGCGGUUAAAUCCGCGGGUGAUUCCAAAAUAACGGUUCAGUGAACGACUUCCAAGAAAAGAGAACAUUCGGAAUCGAUUUUCCAAUAAAGUUGUCUAAACUUCUGUGAAAGUACAUGCAAAGAUAGAUUAUCUUUGCCGAGAUUUCCUCGUUUUUUGUUUUUGUCUGCGUGCAGAAGUCAUCUGACUUCCUCAUAUCGACGACGACCUGGCAUGCAAUGUGAGAGUGCGAAAUUUGAGCAAGCGGAGCAAGUGAACAAAAAAUAACUUCAUUCGCCAGGCAAGGAACGUGUAGAGUGCUUUAUUCGGGAAGAAAUCGGUGAAGAUGAUUAAUGACUACGGUGGCCAAGACAGCUGCCAGGAUUCCGGUUCGUCGCCCUGUCAGUGACAGGCUGGCUGUGGUUUGACCCUUUUUCGAAGAGUGAAGGAAUUUGGAGAACGUGCCAGUGAAUAGAAAAGUUUGCCAUCGUUCAAGUGGGGUAUCUCGUCACAAAAAUUCUGGAAGGAUAUACAGAUGUGAAAACAAACUAAACUACUGAAACAACUUCCCUCAUAGCGAAGGUCAGUGUUGAUUUUUCGGAAGUAAUAAAAACAUAUUGUUAAACUGCUGGUGUUAACUAACUGAAAGUAACGGAAUUUUGAGCAAGGAUUAACGGUCAUCUACGAAAUGUAUAAUAAACAUCAAUAAAUUCAAUGAGCAAUUGAAUUCAAUUCAAAGCGUAUAUAACAUUAGCAGACCGGAGAAAUUAUCAGAAGAAAAGCUCAACUUAGUGAAAAAGAAAGGUUUAAUUCGACAAGUCAACAAUCAGUGAGAAAACUUCGACAAAAAUGUAAAGAGAAGAAAAAAAAUAAAAUUAAAUGGAAACAACAAAUUGUCAGCUAUACUGCUCCCAGAAGGGUUAGUUUGUGAAAAUAAAAACUGUGCAGUGAAACUCAAUUCGGCAAGCAGCAGCUGAAAUUUUCGAUCUAUAUCUAGAUGUGUAGAGUUCGUCUGUGUACAUACAUGUUGUGCCAGUGGUAAAUAUUUAUAACCAGAGAGAUAGUCGGUUCGACCUACAAAAUAGUUGUGCUUGCAGUGGCGGUACCACGAAGCAGUAAGCAUCGAAUAAAAAGUACAACCUCGAAUCCGUAACUACAACCAGUGCGACACAGAUUCUAAGUUGCCCCGGCGGUCGUGCUUUGCUAAAUGUGCGUACAGAAAUGUGCACAUACAUGUGUUUGUGAAAGUGAGUGUGCUUCAAAAAUCAAGGAGGAAUAAAACGAGCAACGACAAAAAAAUCACGCCACGGAAAAAGGAUUCUCAAAUUGAAUUCAUUGAAUAAAAGAUUCAACCUCCGAAACAGCUGCAAGAAAUCAUUGAAAAUCUUCUGAUAUGUGAAGUUGUUAGUGUGCUGCAGUGUAUGUGUACCACCAGUGCAGCGUACCGUCUGCACAAUUUUACCGGGAAAUGCGGACGAGCGCAAGGAAUGCUUGAAGAGGAUUAACAUUUUAUUGAAUAGAAACAAAAGUAUCGCGUUCCUCAUACAUCUUCACCGUCCGGAAAACCUAGGAACGAAUCCUACUUGAUUGGAGCAGAGCAGCAGCGACGUUUUGCCACAUUCAACGAAGGACGGCACGAAAAGAAACUGUUUUUCAUCUCGAAGGAUUAAUUAAAUGGAUUUAUGGUGAAAAUAUUUUCCUAUUUCCGUCAUUGUGCCAGUGAGUGAUUCCACGAAACGAAACAAAAGCAAAACCAAAAUGUGUGUGACAUCGAACGGAUCGAUCUUGUACGAAGCCGCAAUCAACGAAAUCGACACCAUCAAAAGCACCCCAACCAAUAACCGGAGCAGCAGCAGCAGCAGCGGCGACAGUGGCAGCCAGAUGACUCCGAUAGAUUGCUUUUCGCGACUCGUUCCAGUCCGGCGAUCCGGCGGACGUUAUCGGAGUUUCGAUUGCGUCCUGCCCUCACUAGCCAGCUGCCUGUUGCUGUUCGUGGUUUUAUUAGUGCCAACGACAGAUGCGGCAAUCUCCAAUAGAGGUAGCAGUAGUAAAAGUAUUUCUUCGUCAAAUAAUGGACUGGUGCCACGGUUUAUAUCACGAGGGCACACGUAUCGGGCGGUCGUCGGAGACACGUUGGUGCUGCCGUGCGAGGUCGAAAAUCUAGGCACACUGGUGCUAUUGUGGCGACGAGGCACCAACGUGCUAACAGCUUCCCAGCUGAUGGUAACCAGAGACGAACGGAUACGACUGGUAAAGGGCUACAAUCUGGAAAUAUCGGAAUUGGAACCCCAGGACGCGGGUGACUACGUUUGUCAAAUCAGCGACAAGAUCAACAAGGACCAGGUGCACACUGUCGAAAUUCUCGUUCCCCCCAGUGUUCGAGUGAUACCACCCAGUGGGCAGCUGACAGCCCGGAAGGGUGGCGUAGUUACGUUAGAAUGCAAAGCAUCCGGGAAUCCAGUUCCGUCCAUCUAUUGGACAAAAAGAGGAAGUCCGGCCAAAGUUGCCAACAAAAUAGGUGAAGGACCGAUUCUGACCCUGGAGAGGGUGGAACGCCAGCAAGCGGGCGUUUAUCAAUGUACGGCGGACAACAAUGUCGGAGACCCGGUGACUGUCGAUAUGCGACUGGACGUUCUUUAUCCACCAGACAUCAGCGUCGAUAAGUCCUGGAUUCAUUCUGGAGAAGGAUUUGAAGCACAACUCGAGUGCAUAGUUCAUGCCGAUCCACAACCAUCGGUUUCAUGGUAUCAAAACUCAUUUCCCAUUCAACCGACCGACAGACGGACCAUGUCAUCGAGAGGAAAUCGACAUACGCUUUCCAUCCGCCAUGUUCAACAGGAGGACUUUGGCAACUACAGCUGCGUUGCUGACAACACGCUCGGCCGUUCGAAAAAAUACAUGGAAGUAUCCGGCCGGCCGGGUCCGGCGGAGUUUGUGUCACCACCGUGGAGCCGAUCCCCUGAUAGCUACAACCUAACCUGGAAAGUGGAAAGCUACCCACCGCUGCUGGAAGUGCGCCUUUUGUAUCGGAAACUUAUGAUGAACGAAACCUUCCAACAACCUGGCAGAUGGCACGAUGUAAUACUGACUCCAUCGGCAAGGCCAAUCACGGAGCCACUUACCCAUGUUAUGGCAUUCACUCUUCGAGGGCUUCUACCGAGUUCAGUAUAUGAGGCGAUUGUCCAGGCGAAAAACCGCUACGGCUGGAAUGAGGUUAGCGAUAUUUUCCAAUUCUACACCCAACGGAUAUCAUCCGAUGUCCACUCCGAGGAAAUGCAGGUUGCCAGCUCUACAUCCCGAAGUGGUGCAACCACACUCCAUCUCGAACGUCAGCAAUCGAAAAGUUUGUGCUUGGUGUUUGCCAUCAUUUGUUGGCUUCUGGGUGCGCAUUGCAGACUACAACGAAACCCAUAAAGUUAAAGCAUUUAGGUAUAAAGAAUAGGAGAACCGAGCGAGAGUAGGAUAACCCACCCCUCAUACAGAGAUCGAUACUCUACAACACCGCGUUCUCUAUGUACAUUUACAUAACGGAUUUCUUCGUACCUUUGAAUCAUGUCACUCUCAGUUUUAGGGAUAAAUAUAUAGAUUCGAAAAAAGCUCAAUUUUGUAGCUUUCAGACAACGAUCCAUUAUCUGAUAAAUCAAUUCAUACAUAGUGUGAAAGUGAACGGAAGUAUGCCAUACACAAAUAUUGGAAAGCAAAAAGACUAAGUUUUAGACUAAAGCAUGGGCGAGGGAAAUCGUCCACAUUCUUCUCUUUAAAUGCAGCAUGUGAUCUUCUCGACAAGUUGAAGCCAACGGCAUUGUACAGACGAAAUGGAAUCUCGUUCAGUCCACAAAACGUAUUUCAACGGCAUAAAUAAACAUAAAUCUGUUGCACCAAUUUCAAACCGAACUCGCUCAUCGUAGUUAUCAUCCAUCCCCUGCCAUGCAUCCACCCACAUGUAAAUGGCCACUAGACUUCGAUUCGGAAUAAGCUGCUCAGAUCAUCGCUGUCCGGAAGCGUAUCGGUAGUUCUACGUUAUUCUGUUUCCCCGUGCAUGUGAUUCCGCUACAAUGAUGGAGUUUUCAUGGGAAAAGUGUUGGAUUGAAUGAAAACUUGCAAAAAAUGUGUAUAUUCAGUUUGUUCGUUUAUUAAAACCAAUCAGCACGGUGGCAUCGCAACGCUGAACCUCAAAAUAAGCUGUAUAUCUGCGAACUUGCUUAGCUUUGAUUUACAUGGGAUCCUAGUUUGUGGAAAGUUCUUAUACUAGACGUAAGAAUAAAUUGGAAAAAUUUAAAGUUUAAUAAAGAAACCGAUAGGAUGGUUUGGUCGUUGUUUUUGUCCUAAUAAUCUGAACAAAGUUUGCUUCACAGGAGCUUUCAACAACAUGGUAUGGCUGCCUUAGCUAAAUUAUGAGAAUUGAAUAAAUGCAAUGUUGGUUUUGAUAUUUCGUUAUCAAGAACAGAGUUUUCAAUUCGCCAUUGGUUGCGGAAAAAUGAAAACAACAUGAACAGAUUUACUAUAUUUUUGCAUUCCUCGUACUCGUUCUUAUAUAAGAGCCCGGAGACCCAUAGUGAUGAAUACGAAUCUAAUCAGCUCGACGAACUGAGAUGAUGGGCGGCAGCUCGCUUUAGCAUUGAUCUCGGCCCAGGUCAGACUCGUUUCGGUUUCUUCCAUUUCUUUCCUUGGGCUUCGUCGGCAAGAGCCCCUCUAUUGCGAUGUCCGGCCGGAUCCAAUAAAUUGCCAUCAAGUGUGCCACCUCUAGCGAUUUGUUCUGUAACUUUUAAAAAACGCUGUUUUUAACUUUAUUUUUGUGAAUUUUGAUACAGGGAUCGGUUCUUCACUUGUCUAGUGAAGGCAAGGCCAGAUGGGCGCUUGAAACGGAGCCACCCUCAGGGCCAACCUAGGGACCUUCCAGAAGCAAGGUUUAUUGCAAUAUGAUAACAGGUUAAAACUAAAUAGUACAGAAUAAACUAGGACAUCAAAAACCGAUAAAAUAUUGGUCGAUGGUUAAACUGUUCUAAUGAUACACGAGACGCUGUAUAAAGUGUCACAGGGUUAUCAUCGUUCCGAACCCCAGUCCUCUUCUUCCGAAAAAACAUAAAUCCAUCUAGUCUACUGCAUUUGUGAAACACAGGAUCUGUCGAUAAGGGUAUGUUGAGUUGCUUCCUGAAUCCUGAGCCAUGAUUGGUGGUGUUUGUAUCCCUGCAACGUUGAAUGAAGUUUAAGGAAAAUCCUCACGGAAUCCAAAACUAAAAGCACUCGCGUUUUCAAGCACACCCCAUUUAAAACAGAAGCCACGCACAGCUAUCU